GACCUUGUCUGAUUUAUAGAUAUACUCUUAGGUAGUCUAAUUAGUACUUCUCUUUGUAAUACGUGACACAAUGCUGGUCAGGGCUGUUAUCCUUUAACAGGUGCACGACAUUCGGUAAUCUUCGGUUAUCUCCGUUUUAUCACGAAGCGUGUUCACACGAAGACAGCCUUCUGUGGUUCUUCCAAAUUUUAUUUAUUCAUAAUGAAGCGAUAAUUUUUUAUUGUUACUUUGUUAAACUACAAUUACUUUUUUCGAGCUUUCUUGAACAAAAAAUAACAACUUAGAUAAUACAAUGGCAGCGGACGUUCUCCAUGAGUCUGUGCUGGUGCUCGUUGGAAUUGUCAUAGCAUUUUCAGUGGCAAAAGACUCAAAUCCCAAGGGACAAGAUCCGCCGCCAUUUGUAAACCCCUUCAACCAAGGGAACUCACUCUUUGAAACGCCGUACUCGGGAUCCAUAAAUGCAAUGGGCGGCGGAAGUGGCGGAUUCAUGCAGAGUAUGAUGACAAUGAACGGCGGAGGCGGACGUAACGGACUGCCCUCAAUGUUUAUGAAGGAUGGAAAACUUCAAAUGGGCCACCAGCAGUGUCUGAAAAACAUUGUGUGUCCACAAUACUGUCAUGAGGUUGACGAAGAUGGCUGUGAAACGUGUCCUUGUGGACCAGCUAAUGGAAUGUUACCCCCGGGAUACGCAGAUCAACAACAGAAGAAGAAAGAGGAGGAGGAGAAGAAGAAGGACUCCCAGUGUAUUCAGACCCUGGUCUGCAUGCUGUCCUGUAAGGAGGGGUACGAACUCGGCAAGAAGGGCGAGGACGGCUGUCAGACCUGCAAAUGUGUCAAAAGAGAUAAUAGCAAAAACGAACCAAAACAAACAGGACAAGUUGGAAAUGAAAACGGAAAUCAAAACACAGGAAAUAAUAAUGGUAAUAAAACCGGAAGUGGAUCAGGAAGUGACGGUUCAGGCGGCGGAUCAUCCGAAGGUGGUUCUGAAGGUCAGGGUCCUUUUGGAGGAGCAUCAUCAGGUGCAGGGGGUAACACGGGUUCUGAAUUUAACCCAAUGUUUCCCGGGGCAGGAAUGGGAUCAGGAAGUGGUAUGACGUCAUCAACAUGGGGUGGAUCUCGGACGGAGAGUGGUGGUGGUUCACCUGGCAGCAACUCGUGUGUCGGGCCGUUUUGUCAUAGCAGUGGUGCCGGAAUGCCGAGUCCUUUUAGCGGUGGGUCAUCCGGUGGGGCGGUGAUGAGUCCGUUUGGUCUGGCUAGCGGGGGUGGCGGGAACAAAGGACAAGGCUGUUUUGGUCCAGAAUGCUCAGCCAAGAAUGGUAUGAAGCUACUUGGUGAAGUUAAACACGAGGAAGCUGACUGUCCCUCUACCACUCUCUGUAUAAAGACCUGCAAACAUAACCUCAAGUUAGGGCCUAAAGGAAGUGACGGAUGUCCAUCGUGCGCAUGCGUCAAAUCCGUGGUAAGCACGACUUCUACACCUAGACAGGAAGUGUGUGAUCGACUGCUGCAAUGCAUGAUGGGAUGCACAGAUGGCUACAUACUUGGCUCAGCGGAUGCCUCUGGUUGUCCGUCCUGCUCCUGUAAAUCAAGUAUGUUCAAUCCAACUACGCCUGCGCCUGUCACAAAGUCUUCCUGUCAGAAGAUAAUGGACCUCUGUGUACAAAACUGUCACCAUGGUUACCAACUCAUACCCGCCGCCACAGUGGGAGAGUGUGCCAGUUGCAUGUGCCGACCUGCUCCAACGAAAAUGGCGCCUACACAUACACAGGUCGCUGUACAUCAGAGUUCUUGCGAGGACAACGUUGUGAAAUGCAUGACUAACUGUCGCUAUGGAUACAUCCUUAAAGCUUCUGAAAGCGGUACAUGUCCGCGAUGCCAAUGUCUACCAACGCCACCACGAACUGAGACUGCAGUGACCGUUUCCACAGCAAGUAAACCAAACAUCUACAGCAUCCUCAAGAAUUGCCCGGAAGCUAUUCACUGUAUGGUAAAUUGUAAAACCGGAUACGCUCUGCAAACUAUUCCCGGAGAAGGAUGUCCGCAUUGCACUUGCCAAACAGUGCUCGUACAGACACUCGUGUGUACCACUGCCCUAUCCUGUCCACGGGGCUGUAGAUUAGGUUACAGGAACGGGAGCAAUGGCUGUCCAACUUGUUCGUGUAUAAUUCCAUCAGAGGUGGGAGUGUUGACCAACAGCGCCAUCUAUGUGGACUCCUCAAUUCGGUGUAAUGCGCACUUCUCCUGUUCUAAACGCUGUGAGUUUGGUUACAGAAGUGGAGAUAACUCUUGUCCGACCUGUCAGUGUUUAGUUCCGGUUAAAGUUACGUCACACACUACUGCUUCUUCGCAUGGAUGUACAAGUGAAGGUUGCCAACACCAUAUGGUUUCAUCCGGAACAAUAGGUCACGUGGUAAAUGUUCACCAAUCAGGAUCCCAUACUGUGCCAUUAAAUCACGUGAUAACUCACCCAAUCGGAUCAUCUGUUCAGCAAACACAUAUCUUGGGUUCUAAAGGGGAGAUCAGUUCGCAGAACACGAUAUCAAUGUUGCUCAAGUACUGCACAAAUGUUGCUCGCUGUGUAAGGGAUUGUGCAUCAGGUUUCUCCCUGACCGGCACUGAGGCCGGGAAGUGUCCUGCUUGCACCUGUGCGGGCACUAUCAACACCAUUUUGACAGAAACAAAACAGCCAUCAGCGCUAUCUGGGGCCCGACCUUCAGAGGUACAGGUAAAACCAGCUCUUCUUGUUCAACACAAUAAUCACCCAGACGGCCAUACAACAUGUCCGGAAGCGUUACGGUGUGGGGAGAGAUGUGCCAGUGGGUUCACACUGAAAAACGAACCCGGAAGUACUUGUCCGACAUGUUACUGCAUCGCGGGCAAAGUAGUGCCAACUGCAUUAGGAACCACUCUUUCGCCACUGGUACAUCCUCCUGUACACACCGGAAGUCAUGUAAGUGUGAAUCUAGGGGGCGCUGUUCAUAACGUUGCUCCAGUUGGAAUUGCUUCCGGUGGACCUGCACCUGUCGUGCAUGUAAAUGUUCCCGGCCCGCAAGUGCCAGCAACUGGAACCAUCAGUACUGGAAAUCAAGGUGUUGGUACCGGAUAUCAAGGUUUUACUUCCGGUUCAGGAGUUCAUUUUAACAUUUUGCAAGGUCCCAGUGGAUUACCUUCAAAAAACCCACAUAGCCAUCACAGUGUUCCAGGACAUCCACCGAUGUCAGGUGGACAUGUACAUCUCUCGAACCAAGACUGUAUCGGUCCAGCAUGUUCGGCCAAAAACGGAUUCAACAAUAAUCACGUGAAACAGACCCCGCCCAGUCAAUGUGCCCGCCUUAUUCACUGUGUACUAACGUGCCACGACGGAUACAAACUCAAAGACAAGGAUGAAACUGGAUGCCCCGGAUGUGAAUGUUUACCAUAUCAAUAAAAUUGUACAAUAUUGUAA